UGCCUCUACGCCAUCUCUCUAUAAAGUCAUCGGAAAUGGAGUCCGGCAAUCUCGCUGAGAACGGACACUGUUCCGAUGCCGCCGGCGAACCUCGAUCGUCUCUCAUCCUUCUCGGAACCGGCUGUUCCAGUGUCGUCCCCAAUGCCAUGUGCCUCAUCCAGCCCUCCGAUCCUCCCUGUAAUGUCUGCUUCCAGUCAUUGUCGCUCCCUCCGGAGCGGAACCCAAAUUACAGGUGCAAUACUUCUCUUCUGAUUGAUUAUUGCCAGAACAAUGGUGAACACAAAUACAUAUUGAUUGAUGUCGGAAAGACAUUUAGGGAGCAAGUUAUUCGGUGGUUCACUUUUUAUAAGAUUCCUCAAGUGGAUUCUAUAAUUUUGACUCAUGAACAUGCUGAUGCAGUUCUUGGUUUGGAUGAUAUACGUGCUGUUCAGCCAUUUAGUCCUACAAAUGAUAUCAGUCCUACUCCUGUUUACCUCAGUCAGUAUGCAAUGGAGAGCAUUGCCACGAAAUUUCCAUACUUGGUUAAGAAAAAACUUAAAGAAGGCCAAGAACUGAGACGGGUAGCACAGCUUGACUGGAAAAUAAUUGAAAGCAACCAUGAGAAACCAUUUGUUGCAUCAGGCCUGCAAUUUGUUCCUUUGCCAGUGAUGCAUGGAGAAGACUAUCUCUGUUUGGGCUUUCUUUUUGGUGAAAAAUGUAAAGUAGCUUAUAUAUCUGACAUAUCACGUUUUCCAUCAAGCACUGAGUAUGUUAUUUCAAAAAAUGGAGGUGGACAGUUGGAUCUGCUUAUCUUGGAUACAUUGUAUAAGAAAGGAUCGCAUAAUACCCACUUUUGCUUCCCUCAGACGCUUGAAGCUGUGAAGAGGAUAUGCCCAAAGCGAGCUCUUUUAGUAGGGAUGACCCAUGAGUUUGAUCAUCAUAAAGACAAUGAAACUCUAAUGGAAUGGUCCAGAAGAGAAGGAAUACCGGUUCAACUUGCACAUGAUGGGUUGAGAGUCCCCAUAGACCUUUGAUGAGGUUGAUGUACCAAAUACAAAUCGUGGACAGACACAUACCCAAAUCUGUUGUUUUCCCUAUUUUGAAGGAAAGAAAACAAUCCAUGUAUUUGGGUUGAUGUCAACUUAUUUAAUGUGGUUUUAGCAGCUGUGAUGCAAGAAUGGAAACAAAUAAGAAGAGGAUGGUGCAAAUGCCGGUGUUAAGUAAUUCUAUGAUUCAGAAAAAAGUGAAGUGCAGAGUUAUCCUGCUGGUUAACUUCAUAUUACCAUCAUUUAUUUGGAAUACAUACUACAAACAAGAGGAGUCAUAUUCCCAUUAGGGGCUGUUUAAUAUUUUCUGAAUCCUGCAUUUAUUAAGAAAUUAUAGAGAAGUGUGUCAGGGUAUGAUACUGUGCUUGUGCUUCUUCCCGUGUUUCAUUCAUGAAAAUGACAAUACCAUUGGAGGAUUCAAGUCACUCGGUCGCUUGCCUUCGCUUGGAUAUUAUUUGGCAUUGCUGGGUUUUAGUUGUAAGAGUAUUUUUUGGAUGA